AUGGCAGCGUUGUUUAGAGGGUGUCGAAAUGUUUUGCUAACGUGGAAUAAACAUGUCAGCCCUACCUUUGUUUCUAGGCGGUCAAUGGCCUCAAAAACACCAGUUGGGUUUAUUGGUUUGGGAAACAUGGGCAGCCCCAUGGCAAAGAACCUACUGAAAAAUGGAUACCCGAUAAUCGCUACUGAUGUCUUUCCGGAGUCCUGCAAAGAGUUGCGUGAUCUCGGAGCCCAGGUAGUGGACUCCCCAGCAGAUGUAGCUGAGAAAGCAGACCGCAUUUUCACAAUGCUUCCCUCGAGUCCAAAUGUCAUUGAAGUUUACACAGGCCCCAAUGGCAUCCUUAGGAAGGUAAAGAAGGGGACACUUUUGAUUGACUCUUCCACCAUCGAUCCUGCUGUCUCAAAAGAGAUGGCGUUGGCUGCUGAGAAAAUGGGCGCUGUGUUCAUGGAUGCACCGGUCUCAGGAGGUGUUGGUGCAGCUAGCUUGGCCAAGCUCACCUUCAUGGUGGGUGGAGCGGAGGAGGAGUACCACGCCGCACAGGAGCUUCUCACCUGCAUGGGAGCCAAUGUAGUCUACUGUGGACAAGUUGGCACAGGACAGGCGGCAAAGAUAUGCAACAACAUGCUGCUGGCCAUUGGGAUGAUUGGAACAGCAGAAACUAUGAACCUCGGUAUCAGACUGGGUUUGGACCCUAAGCUUCUCGCCAAGAUCCUCAACAUGUCCUCUGGUCGCUGCUGGUCCAGUGACACAUACAAUCCUGUCCCUGGUGUCAUGGAAGGAGUCCCCUCUGCCAACAACUACCAGGGAGGCUUUGGAACCACACUCAUGGCUAAAGAUCUCGGUUUGGCCCAAAACACAGCCACCAACACCAAGACGCCGAUCCCUCUUGGUUCGCUGGCACACCAGAUUUACAGAGUCAUGGCUUCUCGCGGUUACGCCAACAAGGACUUCUCAUCCGUCUUCCAGUUUCUGCGUGAAGAGGAAGGACAGUGA